AGUCCGCAUCUGGAGAAGAGAGGAAAGCGCGUUUUGGCAUCUGGAAAUCUAGUGACCCAAACCGGUUUUUAAGUAGCAUUUCUCCGGAUAACACACAGCAGGCUACACCUCCUCCUCUUGUAACCACAGAUUCAGGUGAUGACUCACCUCUGGACUCUCCUGUCAGCCCUGCUGCUGGUUUUGUCGGUGGCCCAACCUGAGGAAGAUGAAAAUGAAGUCCUGAAAAACACAGAGCUGGAGUUCACUAAGACACAGGACCUCGUGAUUGAGAAUGCCAUCGGAAAUCUCAGUGAACCCACACCAAGCCACACACCCACCACAUCUCCCUUGACUUCUACAGUUUCCCUGGGUUCCACUCUUGCUCCCGAGUGUCCAGGAAACCAGGUGAAGCUGGAGAGCAGCGCAGGUUGUGGCUGUCCAUCCAGCAUGUUGAAGGAUGGAGACAACUGUACCUGCCCUGUUGGCUUCACUCUGGAGGGAGCAGCAGGGUGUAAAGAUGUUGACGAGUGUGACGGAGAGGGGCCAUGUGGUCUCCAUGCCAGCUGCAUUAAUACCCCCGGCUCUUACUCAUGUAGCUGUCUCCGUGGUUACCUGAUGGGUGCUGGAGGGUGCCAGGAUAUAGACGAGUGUGCUCUGGCUGCAGUGACGGGCCUGCAGGCCUGCCAGGGUGAUGCUGAAUGCAAAAACAGCCCUGGCUCCUUCAGCUGCUUGUGCCCUCUGGGAUAUGUAAUGGCUCUUAAUGGACAGACCUGUAUAGAUGUGGAUGAGUGUAGCUUCGAGGAGCAGUGUCGCCGUGAGCUGGGAAAUGUGUGUGUGAACACUCCUGGCAGCUUUGUGUGCCAGUGCCAGCUGGGCUUCAGAGCAGAGGCCCCUGCUUGUGUCGGUCCUGUGUGUCCAGACUACACCGUGUGUCAAGAUGUGGAUGAAUGUACAGAGAGUCCUGCGGUGUGUGAUGGUCAGGGUGUGUGUGAGAACACGCUUGGGAGCUACAAGUGUGUUUGUCGGCCAGGUUACCGGGGAAACGGCACACACUGCGAAGAUGAGAACGAGUGUGCAUCAGGUGGUCACGGUUGUGACACCAACGCUCGGUGUGGCAACAUUAUUGGCUCGUAUUUCUGCCAGUGCUACCAGGGCUUCAAUGGAGAUGGACACUCUUGUUUUGACAUCGAUGAGUGUGCUUUGAACAACGGCCACUGUGAACACAACUGCACCAACGAGCCAGGAGGGUACAACUGCCAGUGUGCCUCUGGCUACCAGCUGAACCAUGAUGGACACAACUGCACAGAUGUGGAUGAGUGUUUGGCACUGAACGGGAGCUGUGAGCACAUUUGUGCCAACACUCAGGGAUCCUUCCAGUGCUCCUGCAGGCCCGGUUACCAGCUGCACAUUGAUGGCCACACCUGUGUAGACAUCGAUGAAUGUAAACUCCAGAAUGGCGGCUGCUCCCACACUUGCACCAAUUCUCCAGGAGGACAUGAUUGCCACUGCCCACCUCCUCUGCUGCUAGACACAGACAACAUCACCUGCAGCAAUGUUUCAUCCUGUAAGCUGAGAAAUGGUGGUUGUGAGCACAUAUGCACUGUGAGGGCUGAAGGCCAGGUCCAGUGUAGCUGUCGAGCAGGCUGGAAGCUGAGUGAGGACCUGAGGAGCUGCGUGGAUGUGGACGAAUGCGGGGACUUCACUAACGGAGGCUGUGAGCAUCUCUGUGUGAACCAUCCUGGUGGGUUUAACUGUUCCUGCAGGGAAGGGUAUGAAGUUCGAACUGAUGACCUCACCAAGUGCCGGCCUGUGUGUGAGCCUCCCUGUCAGAACUACGGAGUAUGUGUGGCCCCAAACAGCUGUGACUGUCCUCCAGGCUACCCUGGUCUGGGCUGCUCAGCCAUGUGUUCGCCACCCUGUGCCCAUGGGGGAACCUGCAUGCGCUGGAACAAGUGUUUGUGUCCUCCAGGCUGGACUGGAGCCGGCUGCCACACAGCGGUUUGUGAGUUGCCCUGUGCCAAUGGUGGUCGCUGUGUGGGGCCUGAUACCUGCCAAUGUCCCUCUGACUACACCGGGCAUCAGUGCCUCUUGCCCCUGUGCACGCCUGCCUGUCAAAACGGGGGAAGAUGUGUGGAUGUCAAUAAGUGCACCUGUGCUGGUGGAUGGCAAGGAGCUCGCUGCCAGAUAGAGCCUGUUCAGUGUCAGAAGCCGUGUAAGAACAGCGGAGUGUGUGUGGGCCUCAACAGGUGCCGCUGUGCCAAAGGUUUCACUGGAAGUCUCUGUGAAACAGCGGUGACCACCCCCUGUGUGCCACCCUGCCAGCACGGAGCCACCUGCAGUCCCCACAACACCUGCAGCUGUCCAGAGGGCACUGCAGGCCUGCGCUGUGAGAGACUGACGUGCCCUGUGGUCACCACGGUGGUCAGUAUGGCUCGAGCAGUGAGGAAGGCGUUUAAAGAGAGUUACGUUGACCGCUGUGGACCGCUGGGAGUUCAGCUUUGCACGAAAUACAGGAUAAACCAGGCACGUGUGUACCUGCAGGCCUACAGGGUGGGCUACAAAAUCCAGUGUCCAGAGAGGAAGGGCAGAUGAGGAAACUUCACUAAAAAGCCACAGCCACACUCACUAGACAACAUUUAGGGCUACAUGACAACAUAGAAAUGAGAUGAGAUCAUCUGUAAACUAUAAAAUUAAAUGUAACUGUGUCAAGGUGUUGUGGCUUCUCUGAGUUUCACCCAUAUAGAAAGCCCCUGUGUUGAAAUGAAAAGGGGACACGAUCUGAAUCAUAAAGGCUGUUUAUUUGAUCUAAUUACCUUUAAAAUCAGUUUUGUACACAAAUAUAUAUUGUUUCCAUUUCAUGUGAAAUAUCCCUCAAGAGUAAAAUGUACAAUGGAUUUUUUAUUUGUACUGUUUGUAUAUGGCAGCUGAAAGUUAUCAAAUGGUUUUUUUUUUUAUAAAAUGAUGUCAAUAUUGUGAACAUUGUGUGAACUCCUGUUAAUCUUUGUCUUUUAUUUUUGAGUAUAGACAGUGAGAAAAAAAUGCCUCGAGUCAGUGUAAGGUCUUACUUAAAGAUUUCACUUCAAAGAAUAUUCCUAAUAAAAAUAGAAAAACACACUCGUUGUACAUGUUUUUGAGGUUGAUGUCUGUGUGAAUGACAAA